CCAACAUGAGCUUUCGAACAGCAGAGUUUUCCCACAUGGUGGUUGCAGGUCCUAUAGCAUAAGGAGUAGCAGUUCUCGUAGUCUCGUUGAGAACAACACGAUUCAUUUAACGUUCGAUCUCGCUUGAGGACACCGCAAAACUUAUUGUUUUAGUGUAAGUACUGUGUCGUACGGUCAAACAGUUCCAUUCGCGAACAAGAUCAAGCAGGAGGUCGUGUAACGCUCAAUAAUAUUAACCACGUACGCAGAAGGCCAACGAACACGACGACGAGCCAACGAACCUACUCAAAUUUUGGGGCUUGAAAAUAACAAACUUAAUUUAAUUUCGCAUUCCACUGUGAAACUGUCCAUUGAAAUUGGAACAUUGAAGACAAUGAAAAAUUAACCUUCAAACUAAUUGCAAUAAAAUAUUGCAUUUUAUCUUUACAAUUGUUACGUUGAAAUGUAUUACUUUAGUAAUUUAAAGCAAAACUGCGUCGUUUAUUAAUUAGCGAAUCUUAUUGUGAUAAAUUUACAUACGUAAGAAACCCCUCUUUGUGCAACCAAAGUGACUCACAUUAAACUUGACACAUCAAAAAUAACUUGACGAGUCUUAUGCAUAGACGAGAAAGAUGCAUCAUAAUUGUACUUUCAUGGAACAAAUCGGACUCGUGCUCUAAUUAUUAGUUUCCAUCAUCAGUGCGUGUAGAGUGUAAAGAGGCGUCAAUCAUAAAAAGGAAGUGAUGUCAUCUUACCGGAGUAAUUACGUGCAAUGGAAGGCAAGUGGACUAGGAAAUUCAUCUUCGUAUUCUCCAGCAUCUUCAACGUCGUCCUUGGCGUCGUCUACAUCCUCAUCAACAAAUAAAUAUGCAGCUCCCUCAUCAUCUCUCACAGCCCCCAGUUUCAGGUCACCAGUAUCGAGCAGGGAGCCCAGCUUCGUGGGGACUGGUGGCUCUGGAUCUAUCUCUGUUCAUGGAACAUCAUCAUCCUCAUCGUCCGGAGUUGGAGGAAGACUUGGUAGCAGAUACUCGACAACCUUAUCCUCGAAAGGCGAUAAUUUAUCGUCCUCCAUUCCUGGAAAUGCAUCCAGCUCAUCAAAUUUGUCUUCAGGCACUAAAAGCAACACAUCAACUUUGCAGUCAUCAUCAUCACCAUCGUCAAGAGACGUUAAAAGCACUCAGCCAUAUUCGAGUCUGGCUUCUGUCUCCGCACUAUCCUCAAAAUUUUCAAGCCCGAAGGAACCAGCAGUAAACUCAUUUCGAUUGCCGACAUCAAAUUCAUCUUACUUGCGUUCCCCACCACCAGCUUCCACAGCCGCCGCGGUGUCUGGUGGCAGUGAAAGCAGUUCCAACUUGAAAUCAAAAUCUGCAUUAUCAGAUGGUCCUACGACCCCAUCAAAACAAUUUUCAUCAGGACAUGGAAUAAGUACUUCGGCAGUCGCCAGUAAGCUGUCCGAGGAAAAAUCAACAAGCGAAGGGUCCAGCGCGUAUCGCCCAUAUUCCUCCAGAACUCUCACAACGAGCAAUGUUGUUGAGCUUUCACCUUUAGGGUCAAGUGCUCUGAGAACCACGGCAAGAUUUGGGCUAAGAAGUGCACAUUACAAUUCAGCCCACCCCACAGCAUCGACAUUAAAAGCAGCAGCCGCACUAGCUGAAGAAUCUAAGAAAGAGUUACACAAAAAUGAAAAGAAAAUAGCACCAGUUGAAGAACAAGGUCCAGUAAGUUGGAUGAGCAGGGGCAGCACAACGGAUGAUUGUUGUGCUGCAAGUAAUGAUAACAAGGAAUCGUUGGCGGAUGUGAUAUCUGCAGAGGAAAUACCUUCAUUUGAGCCACGUGUAUUUAGUCCUAGAUAUGAAGGAGUUUUAAAACACAAAGGAAUUCAAACUGAGGAGGAGCCAAAGCCCAAAGUUUUACCAUCAUCAAUUCCCAGACCAACGUUAUCACUAAAUUACUACAGUAGCGCGUACGGGUCAUCUCUAGCCAAAUUUGGUGCAAAAAAUCCAGCCAAACAGCCGAAUGAUGAUGAUGAUAGUAAUAAUAAUAUUAAAGCUACUACAGAAGCAGUAAAAGGCUCAAAUUUGAAUUUGAAAGUUAAAACUCGUGUUGGCAGUGUAAAGGAGAAAGACGCCAACACCACCAUCAAAAGCAGCCCAAAUGCAUGCACAACAAACUUUAAUAAUAACAAGGAUAAUCAUGCAACCCCUGUGACGUUGACAAGUGGUAGUGAUCAAUCAUCACGAUCUUCCCAGCGGACAAUAAAUAACAAAAUUGUUGCUGAAAGCGGUUCUUCCUGCAACAAUGAGCCGGACUUCUCGCCUUCAAUCGGAGCAGCAAUAUCCAACAAGACCACGACAAAUUCAACAAAUGAGGAGUACAAUGGAAUCAAUAAAGAGUCCGCUGCUACUGCUGCUGGAGUUGUGGCUUUGGCCAACAAAGAAUUCGGCAAGUCUGCGUUAAAAAAUGUAGGAGACUUGAGUUCCAAGGAUGCCUCGGAUGAAUUUGCAAAGAAACAAGGAGAUCCGAGAUUAAAUAAAUCUGUCAUAAAGAACGUCACCCCUGCCACCACUUCUACUCAGAAUAAGACGCUCAACAAUGAAAGCAGUGCUUGUAGCACUCCCGUAUCAGCUAUUGAGAAAGAAUCGAUGAAUAAUAAUGUCACGAGUACAAAUUCCGGUCCGCAGAAGCAUGAUCUGCUAAGGAGACCACCAGCCGACCCCAAGAAAUCAUCGUCAGCAAUCAAUUCUGGUAGUUCAUCAUCUUUCAAUCAGCCAAAUCAAGUAAGCCAAAUCAUGACCACGGCCAACAGCACCGAAAGAGGAGAUGCGCCAUUAUUAUCGUUGAGCAGUGAUCUUGAUAAAUCUGAGAGAGAUAAAAUCUCAUCCACGUCCUCUCCAUCAUCAUCAACUGGGGAACGCUUGAUGAAAACUAAAUCAUCCAAAAGCAUUAAUCAACUACGAAAAUUAAGUACAGCUAGUACAGCGUCGUCCGAAUCAGAAUCAUGCAGUUCUUUGACGUCAUCUACAAGCUCAAGUGAGAGCAAAAACAGUGGUAAUGACAGCAUCAAGAAGCCUAAUAAGCAGACUUUGUUAUUCAGCAAUAAUAAUCACAAUUUGGAUAAUAAAGGACAAGGCCGUAGGGGAAGUAGUUCUUCAGCAGCCAGCAGUCGUAGUAGCAGCGUGGAACGGAGUGUUGUACUUGGUGCUACAAAUGUCAACAAAAUUGGGAAGAAUAGCAAUAAUAAUAUCCUGCCAACUAAACCACCUUCCGGACCAUUGUCCACAAAAAUUAAUCCGCCACUAAACAAUCCACCACCAACUAAUUCCCUUUCGAAAUCUAAAUCUAAAAAGCUUAUUACCUCCACAAACAAUAACGUUAUUGUUGACGGAUGCGAAAUGGCAAAGAAAGAAAUCACCGCUAAACCUCCUCCCUCGUCUUCUUCAUCGUCAACUGCUCCUUCUUCUUCACGAGAUGCACCAGUCGUUCAGACUUCCUUUUUAGAACGCAUGAUGGGAAAUGACAAGCCGUGGCUGAGAAAGUGUCAGUCUGGGGAACUGCCCUGGUGGUUGAAAUCAAACCAGGAUGUACCUGGAAUUUUGGGGAAAACCCCCAGUAAAACUAGUAUGACUACGAAAGAUGAAAAUGUGACAGAAAAAUCGCAAAAAGAUGAUCAAGACUCGUCAUCCUCGUCGGACUUAUCAGAUGAUGAAGAUUUUGAAUUUGAUGAACUAUCCAAGAAGCUUGACCUCAACCUUGGAGAGCGAACUGCUCCUGAUGGAGUUGAAGUUCCUGCAAUGGUUGUUAGUCCAAGGUCCACUUUGCAAUCUCAAAAGUCAGAAAAUUUUCCAAACUCUGAAAAUUUAAACUCCAGUAAUAGCGAAAACAGGAGAGACAGUCUCUUCAUUGGCAGCAUUGCAAAUAUCGACGACCUGCUUGGAACCGUCUCACCUUCACCAAUUUCAGAAACUCCGAGCCUUGCUCCUACGCCUACCCCAGCAAAUCUCACUUCCAUCAUUGACGAUUUGUGUGAAGCUCAGAAGCUCAACUUGAAUGAUGAUGAUGAAAGUUCCAGUAGUAGUGAAGAUGAGGUUGAGGAUGAUUUGGACAAAACUGAUAAAUUACAGGCAACCAAUGCAAAAGAAGGCUCAGAUGUGGAGUCCUCGGAUGACGACGACGAUGAUGCUUCCACCGGAACUUCAAGCAGCUUUGAAGUUGACCCAUGCAGCGUGAAAAUUGGUGGAGCCGCUCAGAUUUCAGUUUCACAGCAAGAAAGGUGCACAGGAAACUCUGAACAGAUGCCACAACGUCGACGAUCUUCUGGGACAGAAGAUCAACAAACGCUACUGAUGACCAAGGAUAAGAAACAACAGUUGGACGAUACUACACUUCAGCUCUAUAAAGAUGGGGAGUUUGGACAAUAUUUGGAUCUGGAAUCCACCAUAAGCGAACAACAGGAAGACUUUGAAGGGUUUCUUGACAACCGCAAGAACUCGAUUGUCCUACGGGCCUGUCUUCCUGUCCGGGUUCAUGCAAUUAUUGAGAAACUAUUGACCGAGAAUGGACGGGAGUUACGAAGGGCAUUAUUCUCCUUGAAGCAAAUAUUCCAGGAGGACAAAGAUUUAGUGCACGAGUUCGUGGAGAAUGGUGGACUCAACUGCUUAAUCAAAGUUGGAUCUGAUGCUGACCAAAACUACCAGAACUACAUCCUCAGAGCGAUUGGUCAAGUAAUGCUCUAUGUGGACGGAAUGUACGGUGUAAUGAGACACAACGAAACAAUCCAGUGGUUGUACAACUUGGUGGCCAGCAAAUUUCCCCUCGUUCAAAAGACUGCCUUGAAGCUCCUCCUUGUCUUUGUCGACUAUCGAGUCGACCUUGCCGACUACGACAAAGAGGCGACCUGUCUUCUCUUGAUACAAGCUGUCUCCACAGUGGAUCACUCCAAAGGAUUGGAGGCAUGGUCCAAUGUGAUGAAUCUCUUGAGGGAACAGGAUUCUAAUUCCGGUGACUCGGAAUUGGGAACUUAUGCAAUGACUCUAGUCAAUAAAGUUCUCAAUGCAAUUCCCGAUAUCGACACGUACUAUGAUCAAGUGGAUGCUUUGGAGGAACAAGGAAUGGCUACCAUUAUUCAAAGUUACAUGGGGAAACAAUGCGCAGACUUGGAUUUACUUAAGCAGUUUCAGAUUUACGAACUAGUUUUAAAGCAUGAGGACGGUGAGGAGGACAACAUUAUGAUGCAACUGGACGAGAGCAUGAGGAGCAAGCUUCUAAGUCGGAAGGGGUACUCUGAGACGGAGACAGGAGGGGUCACAAAGGACAGGAGAAAGUCUCGUCGUCAUUCUACGAGCACUCCGCCCACCACCCCCAACGGCACCUCCGCGGUUCCUGCCUUUCCAAGACGGCUGUCCUCCGCGGACGUGUCCCCAUACAGCUCUCUCUCCUCAUCCAGCUCGAUUAACGGGAUUCCUAAUGGCCAUAUGAAAGAAAAAUCAAACAUGGAGUUAACGCCCGGCUUAAGAAGACGAAGAGAACGUGCAGAACAUCAGAAAAAUCUAAUCUUGGAGCAAUUAGUCAACGGUGGUGGAGUAAACGGGGGAGAUUUUUUGGAUCCGUCAUCAGAUUCGCCAACAACUCACUCUGAAGAAUCUCUAGACUUUAUAUCGCUACGACGUUCUAGUGGAAGUAGGAAAGAUUUGAAUUCCUUGGAGUUUCAAAAUAAUCUGAGGAACAGUGGUGGAGGUGGUGGAGGAAAUGCUAAUGGAACCUCUUCUGCUGCUCGACCAUGGAUGCUACCCAUUUACACAAAGUCAAAUGGAAUGGCAAAUAGUGGUGCAAGUAUUGUAAAUGCUGGUUCCAAGGAGGGUGAAAAUAGAGAUGACCUGGAAGUGAAAAGAGAAAACACGGUGAAGGAUCUAACCCAAAAGUUAGCCAGUCAAAAUUUACUUGCUAGUCCAGAGGAGAACAAGUCGUUUAUUAUCAAUGGAGAGUUGUCAGGUGUUAUUUCAAAAGCAAAGGAAGGUUUAGCCAAGUCUAAAUCUAGACUUGAUAUGAAACAACAACCAAAUGACAGCAACAGUAACAAAGGGGUUUCGCUGGAAGUUAAAAAGUCUGAUAAUGAACUAGAGGCCCAGAGACAUUGGGAGUUUCUGAUCAACAAUUUGCAACGACCUCUGGAAAUUUGUGAUCUUGAUUUUACUGAUCUGCAAUGUUCGGAUGACGAGGAUAUUCUGGCUCCUGAUCCGUCUCAUAAUAAUAUGAAUGGAUUCGGAUGUCCUCCCCCAGUGCCCAUGAUGAUGAUGAAUGGGCAUGGACCACCCCCACCACCACCAAGCUCUGGUUCUGGAAGAUACGGUGCAGCUCCUCCACCUCCUAUAAAUGGUUUCGGGCCACCCCUCUUUGGUGUCAACUUGAAAAAUUUAGGAUCCAACAAUACCGCAGAUUCUAAGACCUCGACUCCAAAGAAGACGAAGAAAACGGUCAAAUUAUUCUGGAAAGAGGUUCGAGACGACCCAAUCACUGCGAGCAAGUUGGAGAAAGUUGGCUGCAUUUGGAAUGAGAUUGAAAUUCCACCGAUUGAUACGCAAAAACUAGAAAACUUAUUUGAAUCCAGGGCAAAAGACAUAAUUAGCAAGGAGAAACAGUCUGAUGUGAAUAAGACGAAAGAAAUAGUUGUGCUGGAUCCGAAGCGAAGCAAUGCGAUUAAUAUUGGGAUGACAAAGUUACCACCUCCAAGGACUAUCAAGGCAGCAAUUAUGAAGAUGGACUCUACAAUUGUGAAUAGGGAAGGAAUUGAGAAACUCUUGACUAUGCUCCCAACGGAGGAAGAGCGUGCAAAAAUUACAGAGGCUCAAUUUGCUAAUCCUUUGGGUUGUUUGGGAUCAGCAGAGCAGUUUCUGUUGACCCUGAGCCAGAUCUCCGAAUUGACAGCACGCCUCAAGCUGUGGGCAUUUAAGCUUGACUAUGAAAACCUGGAAAGAGAAGUGUGCGAACCCUUGAUGGACCUGAAGACUGGGAUCGUCGAUCUUGAGAAAAAUAAAACAUUCCGAUACAUACUGAGCACACUUUUGAGCAUUGGCAACUUUCUAAAUGGUGGUGAUGCUAAAGGCUUCCAAAUAGAAUAUCUGUCAAAAGUUCCGGAAGUGAAAGACACUGUUCAAAAGCAUUCUCUCCUUCAUCAUCUUUGUCAAACUGUUAAUGAGAAUUAUCCCGACUCAUCUGAUCUCUACUCCGAGAUCGGCCCUGUAACUAGAGCUUCUCGAGUGGACUUUGAUGAAAUUUGCGCCAAUUUAGUGAAAAUGGAGAACGAUUGUAAAACUUCGUGGGACCAUCUUCGAGUAAUUGCAAAACACGAUGGCCCCACAAAUCUAAAAUUAAAAUUAUCCGAGUUCCUUGCAGAUUGUGCUGAGCGAAUAAUAGUGUUGGGGAUGAUUCAUAGAAGGGUUCUCAACAGAUUUCACAAAUUUCUUCUGUGGCUUGGUGUUGCUGCACACCAAGUCUCAACUACCAAACCCCACACAUUGUUCAAAAUCAUUUCAGAAUUCGCAUUGGAGUACAGAACCACACGAGAAAGAGUGAUACAACAAAUGCAGAAAAAAGCUAGUCACCGAGAACGAAACAAAACUCGGGGAAAAAUGAUAACCGAGCAAAUCAUGUACAAAUCAAAGGAGGAUCAAGAAGACGAAGAACUUCGCCAAGUUCUAAACAAGACUAGUAAUGUCGGAACUGAGGAAGUCGUUAAUGGGUCCUUGACAUGGUCUCGCCGACUGAAACCACCCGCAACUCCAACCACCCCAACAAACACACUUUAUCACAACUUUAACAGCGGGAGCAGGUCAUCAACGCUUAGCAGCAACGGUACGCUUGGUGAUGGGGAUGACGAAAUUUUGGAAAGUUUGGUCAAGACAGCAACGCGCACGGCCGACACGAGAGUAGCGACGCGAGAACGGAAACGAAACAAUGGGUUGAGAAAUAGCGCAGAGAGAAAAUCACUAGUUAAGCGAUCACGAACACGAGAGAAUAACGUCGGCACAAGUUUAUAUGACAUUCUUAACUGAAUGGGUAUGACAAAGUCUGAGACGAACUUUAAGGCACGGCCUAACCGAAGAAGAACGGAACAUGCUCGCAGCGUUUAUGGCCACAGGGCACUCUUUUUGCUCAUAAUCAAUCUUUUUAAUCCUCGUUUAUCUUAAAUUAUUACAAUGUUGGUCAGCUACAUAUCUGUUAUAAAUUGCACUGUGUCGUGUUAUGGUUAGUUUUCGACUAUGCGUAUUUAGGUUGACCCACGACUCGACCGUCUUGUUUUACUGCUCAGAAUUGUGUCUUAAAAUAAUUUUCAGUUUCCUCAUGCGACGACAGGAUGAUGUGUAUAAAACACUGUUUAUACCUAAAUUUUGAAAUUUUUAUGUAUGUCAUUGUCGUAAUCCUGUCAAUAAAUUGUGAUGAUUAAUGAAGUGGUUACCUGUGCUAUGCACUUUGGUAUUUACAAGAAUGUUAACUCGAAUAAAUUUUCGAAAUAAAGCGUGAAACAUAUUA